AUGGGCCGAAAUCCGCUACUCAACCCACUUCAUUAUGCAACUCCCGAACUCCGAGUAGGACCACCUGUUACAUACGCUGGCGCUCAGCGCGCCCUUAAAAGCUAUGAUUAUGUGAUCGUGGGCGCAGGCGCAGCGGGCUGCGUUCUCGCCAGCAAACUAUCCGAAGAUGAAAACACUUCUGUGCUUCUUCUUGAGGCAGGUGGUGACAAUGCAAAUGUUCUCGCAACGAAGAUCCCUCUGAUCUACUCUGAGCUGUUUCACAGUGAGCAUGACUGGAAUUACUACACGGUGGAACAGGCCAAUCUAGCAUCCCGCCGUCUUUAUUGGCCCCGCGGACGCAUACUUGGAGGAUCGACAUCAAUGAAUACAAUGAUGUACCACCACGCUGCCCCAUCCGACUAUGACGAAUGGGCAUCCGCUCAUGGGUGUCAAGGGUGGGCAUAUGAUGACCUUGCUCCGUACUUUCGCCGCAUGGAGAAAUUCACUCCUAACCCUGCACGCCCUGCGAUUGACGUUGAGAAACGUGGCUCGGACGGCGUGUGGAAUACUGGAUAUACGUGGCUGUCCGAGAUUGGCGAGAAAGGCUUUAUUCCUGCUUGCGAGGCUGUGGGCAUUCCCGCUAAUCCCGAUAUCAAUACCAAAGACGGCACGUUGGGUGUUACUCGUAUCCAAACCUCCAUUGACCAAAAGGGGCAGCGCGCGUCUUUGGCAACUGCGUUCCUUACGCCAGAGGUGCUGAAUCGGCCGAACCUUUAUGUCGCUUGUCACGCUCAUGUCACCAAGGUUCUUUUCGACUGCCUGACGUCCGAAACCCCUACUGCAAUUGGUGUUCAGUUGCAAGCAAACCGUGAUGGCAAGCCUUUCAAUGUCCAUGCACGGCGAGAAGUCAUUCUCUCCAGUGGAGCUAUAAACACUCCACAGACACUGUUGCUGAGCGGCAUUGGUCCUGCCGAUGAGCUGGCUGGGCUUGGAAUCCCGGUGGUUCAAGAUAGUCAGGCAGUGGGCAAAAACCUGAAAGACCACUUUUGCCCUACACCCAUCAUUUGCAAAGCCAAACCUGCAUACACUUUGGAUUAUCUGCGCAACCCAAUCAAGGCCCUGCCGGCUCUUCUCCAAUGGAAAUUGUUUGGAACAGGACCGCUAACUAGCAAUGUUGGAGAAGUCGUGGCUUUUAUUCGGACCGAGGAUUUCAGUUUUCCCGGUUCAUCGGGUGGUCCUCCAGCCGAUCUCACGUCAGGCCCUAACGCCCCGGAUAUCGAACUGAUUGCCGCCCCGUUAUCCUUCGUCCACCAUGGCGAGGAUAUACCGCUUGAUGCCGAAGGAGUUCUCACCAUGGGCCCUAUUCACCUUCGCCCAUCUAGCAGCGGAACCAUUUCUCUCAAGAGUAGAGAUGCGUUUGAGCCACCAAUCAUCGACCCGAAGUACCUGUCAGACGCAUCUAACAACGAUGUCAAAGCCCUCGUGGCAGGCUUGCGAGUUACUCUACGCCUAACUCGAACUGCGGCUCUCCAGGAGUACCUUGAACCAGUGCCGUCAAAUGAUGACCAUACUUCUGCCUGGUGGCCGUACUCGAGCAGCGAUAUUGAGAACAUUUCGGACGAGGAUCUUAUCCGCUGGUUGAAGGAGAAAGCAUUCACGCUCUACCACCCGGUGGGCUCAGCACGUAUGGGCCCUGAACCAGCAACCAGUGUCGUUGAUUUGCAGUGCAAAGUGCAUGGAGUCAAGGGUCUUAGAGUCAUGGAUGCGAGUGUGUUCCCGGAACAAAUCAGUGGGCAUCCAAUGGCACCUAUUGGUGCUAUGGCAUUUAAGCUUAGUGAGAUGAUUAAAGAGGAAAAGGCUGCGGAGACUUAG